ACAACCGCUGCGUACAGUUUGCGUUAUAAACUUAUAGACUAUUUGAAUAACAAUUUGAUUAUUAAAGUCAACAGUGAAUAUAUACACAGUGUUAUUGAAAGGCAGCCAUUUUUGAAGGAAUCGAGACUUUCAUUGAAACCAAUGUUUGCAAACAAUGAAGACAUAGAGUCAAGACAUGGACUCAAUUGGUGACCAUUUAUAGUACCGCAAGAUAUUGACGAAGACUUUGUCGGUCAAAGUUGCCGUCGCUUUGCACUCGACAUUGGGUCACACCGUCUGUUAGCAUCGGUUAACGUAUCUUAAAAGGGAAUCAACUUUUGUGGCGGCGAUUCAUUUGACCGAUUGAUUUGCCAAAGAAGUCAAUCGCUUGUCUUUAAUCGGUUUCUUCGUUAUUGAAUACCAUUGAGUCCACUAAAACUGCUGUAAACAUGUCGCGCGACACAGAAGUAGUUCAACAAUUUAAUGCUGAAUUGUCUUCACUAUAUGAGGUCCGGCCGCCGAUAUCGAAGGCAAAAAUGUCUCAAAUAACGAAAGUAUCGAUGAAAGCCAUUAAAAUGUAUAAACAUAUCGUCCAAUCAGUUGAAAGAUUUAUCAUUAAAUGUCGACCAGAAUACAAGAUUCCCGGUCUUUAUGUAAUUGACUCAAUUGUUCGUCAAUCGCGACAUCAAUUUGGAGCCGAUAAAGACGUUUACGCUCCGAGAUUUGCCAGAAAUUUUGCACAAACUUUUCAGAAUUUAUUCCUCACGUGUCCUCCCGAUGACAAACCAAAAAUUGUAAGAGUCUUAAAUCUUUGGCAACGAAACAAUGUUUUUAACGCUGAGACAAUUCAGCCUCUCUUGGAUAUGGCUAAUCCAAACGCAUCGUUAUCUCAGAUGAAAUUUGAUUCAUCGCCGCAAUCGAGUACUAAUGUUAGAGAUGCCAAUCGUGAGGCCAGAGAUGGCAAUCUAAACAUUAAAGAUCCCAAUUUGAUAAUGCAAUUACAACAAUUGGCCACUUCUUUAGGUUUGACAAAAUCUGGUAAUACAUCCAGUGAUACACAACAAGAAUCACAAAGCAAUCCAAUUAAGUUUAAUAAGAAAUUACUUGAUUUUGAUUAUGGCGACGAUGAAGAAGAAGAAGAAAGAGGAGAUACACCAACAGAGGCAGAACCACCAAUAAGAAGUAAUUCCGAAGACAACAACGUUACGAAUCCAUUGGCCAUAAGUAUGGCUCAAAAUUUGCUGUCAAAUCCAGAGCUUUUACAACAAUUACAACAAAUGCAAAAAACAAUACAACAAACAGAACUUUUGAAGCUUAGUAUCUCAGAACUGGAAGGCCAGUCGUCAAAUAGCAGUCAACAGUUUUUAUCGGCACUACAGCAACAAUCACAACAAAAUCAGACUUUAAUUAAUAGUGAUAAUAAUAAUACUGAUGAGAGUCGAAAACAAAAUGAUUUAAAUAUGAAUUUUGAAUCUGUGGAUCAAAAACAGAAUAAUAAUGAUAGCAAUCAAUUAAAUCCCAAUUUAAAUGCAAAUGACAAUAGUUUUCAAUAUUUGCAUAACGCAAACAAUUUCGGUCCGCAAAUGCGUGCGAAUGAAUUGAAUUAUAACUUAAAUAAUAGUAUAAUAGAUACCCAACAAUAUAUACACCAAACGGGACAACCAUAUAACCAACAGAUGCCACAACAGGAUAUUAAUGAAAGGUCAGGUUCACAGUCCCCGCGAAUGCGAUCUCCAAGAAGAUCACGUUUUAAUCGUUAUCGGGACCGAUCCGAUAGAUCGAGAUCACGGUCUCCACGUAGUAGUCGUCGCGAUCGAGACCGCGACGGUCGACGUUCAUAUCGGUCGAGGAGCAGAUCUCCUCGUAAUUCACGUUUUAAUGAUAGGGUCCGUUCGCCACAGAGUUAUGAAAGAGAACGAGAAAGAGAAAGAAGACGAAAGGGUUUGCCUCCCAUAAGAAAAGGAUGUCUUACCAUAUGUUCAACUACUUUAUGGUUGGGUCACGUCCCUAAACUGGUCUCUGAAGCUGAUCUUAGCGAUACAUUUGGCGAAUUUGGUGCCAUUAAUAGUAUUGAUUUAAUACCAUCCCGAGGGUGUGCUUAUGUAUGUAUGAAUAGACGUCAGGACGCGGCUAAAGCAUUAAGUAGUUUAAAAAGUCUUAAACUUCACGGAAGUCUCAUUAAAAUGGCUUGGGCUCCGGGCAAAGGUAUGAAAGGAAAAGAGUAUAAAGAUUAUUGGGAAGUGGAUGAAGGCGCCAGUUAUAUACCUUAUAAUAAGUUACCUGAAAAUGUAGACUUAGAUCUGCUAGAAGAGGGGGGAACUGUAGAUGAAGAUACAGUUCCAGAGAAAUUGCAAGAAAUACGAAUAAGAAAAAACAAGGAACGAGAAGAUCAAGAGAGAGAAACGGCAGCUUUAAUGGCCAGAGCGGCAGCUAUGAUGCAACCGAUGCCAAUGGUUGGAAUACCUAACCAUGCAUUUGGUGUUCCAGGGCUUGUGAUGCCCACCAGUAUAAUGAACAUAACGAGUCAAACUCCAGUGAUUCCAAUACAAUCAGAAGCAUCGAUGAUAACAACGGCGGUUACGACCACAACAUUUCCACAAAUACCUCCGCCACCUAUGCCUCCAAUGUUAAACAGCGACGACAAGAAUGAAAUAACUGAAGUAAUGAUGAAAACUGAAACGAGUCAUUCAAGUGAUAAUAAAAGUGACGUUAAUAUAACUGCUAACAUAACGGCAUCAAACACCCCGUUAUUUCCUCCACCAUUUCAAGCUGUUCCUCCCCUUAGUAUACCUCCAAUGCCUAUGUUAGGAAACCAACCACGUUUGCCAUGGAUUUCAGGCCCUCCGCCACCUAUACUUCCUAAUCGGAUGCAAGUAAGUCCUCAAAGGCCACCACUUCUAUCAUUGUCUUCAGUUGUCACGUCUACCACUGACACAAUUAUAACAUCACUUCGUCCCGAAGAUAUAUCACGAUCAUCACUUCCCAAACCUGAAGAUAGGCCACCAUUAAUAUCUACUUUACCCAAUUUACCCAUAACUCAUGAUGAACUUCAACGACUUCAUUCUGAUAGACAAAUGGAUCGAAUGGACAGAAAUUUCAAUCCACGCGAUAGGUUUAGAUCUAAUAUUGAAAGACCUGAUUUGGAAAGAUCUCAUUCACAUACAAGUGAUGAUCCAUUUGCUCCAUCUGUUUAUGAAUUGCGUGCAAUGGAAAGAAAUCAAAUGUUAAGACCACCGAUACCGCAUCAAAUGGCAUCCGGUCGGGCCGGACUUUUACAAAUGCCACCGCAACUUAUGAACGAUCGAUUUCCAUAUGAAAGACCACAACGACCAUACCAUCCGAGACAUAUGAGACCAGAUAUCAGGCAUCACAACUAUGACAGACACACCAAUCAAAACAGAGGUUCAAAUCGCGAUCAGUUCACAAAUAGAGGUUUUGGUCGUCGCGAUCGCCCUUCCAGAUGGAAGUCUGAUGACAGACACGAUAAUAGACAUUACAAUAGAAAUAAUAAUAAUAAUAAUAACAUUAAUAAUGAUUUUAAUAAUCAAAGACCAGAUCGAGAUAUGAAAAUUGACGACAUAGUGACUGAAGGUCCAAAUGAAGGUAACAAUUAUCUCAAACAAAUGAAUGACAAUAAUUGGGAUAAAAAUGACAAUUCAAAUGUUGUGGAGACGACGACAUUGGAUGAAACAAAUAACAUGAAUAAUAGUCCAUCGAUUAAACCGGAAUUUAUUGCUGAAAACAAUGAUGUUAUUCAUAAUUCAGAUAAUUUUGAUAAUAAUAAUAAUAAUGAAAAUAAUUAUUCAAAUAAUGCAAUCAAUGAACACAUGAGUGAAAAUGUGGAGUCAUUAGUGACGAAUGAAUCAAUUAAUGUUAACAAUACAUGAUUUUGUGGUCAUUUU